UCCACGUCCGUGCUUCCUCGACCUCAACCAAACAUCUCCAGACGCCCCAAGAGCCUCCAAACAGCCUCACUCCACUCUUUUUCUGCCUUCUACGAUGCAUGUCCUAGUAGAUCAGGCACUUGAAAACGUGUGCCAUAUUCGCUGAACCCCCUCAUUCUUCGUCCGCUAUCUGCCCCGCUCACAUCACCGACCCCAAGUCCGCACGUCACCCCCCCAACGUUUGGUAAGCUCGUGAGCUUCCGUUGUCGACCAAGAGCCUACGUACUGCCGCGAACGGCUCUAUACAAACACCUUGUCGGCUGUAUACCUCCCCGUCUCUGCGACUCUUAGCCCUAUUCCUACGCAGCCGCGAGCAUGAUGCGCAGAUCCUCAUAUGCCGAAGUUGCAGCGGGCAACAGCGGGCCGUCUCAGAACUCCCGCCCUCUACGCGCAGGUGCCUACGCCCACCUCGUCAACAACACCUCGCCAGCGGUUCCGCAGGAGUCGUACCAAUCCCGUCACCUAUCUCGCUCCGUAGAGCUCCCCGACGCCACGUCAUGGGGUACCCGGUACGGCACUCACAUGCCUCGGAGGAACGAAACUUCCCUACCCGAAUUCUUUAUACCCUCGUAUCUGAAGGGCUCAAAGUAUGCCGACAGGCUCGAGAGGGUGCACCAGGCGCGAGUUGCAGCACAGCGGGAGGCCAGGGUGAACCAAACCUCGAAUGGGGGUUCGUUAUCGACGAGCGCAAGCGGUGUGAAUCUCCCUAAAAUGCCACCUACGCAUCGGGGUAUUGCGCACGAGAUUGUUGAGCGGUUACCGCCGAGCGAGGAACCCGUAGACGAGUGGCCGAUGGCGUGGAACGACAGGGACAAGCAUGCACAGAUCGAGGUCGAGGAGGGGAAACGGCAGGUCAAGCUUACGGUGAACAUCAAGUCGGCGGAUGAAGCGGCUACGAUCCGGGCAGAUCACUGUGCACCGAAGAAGUGCGGGAUUUACUACUUUGAGGUUACGGUAAUGUCGAGGGUGAAGGACACAACCGUGGGUAUCGGCCUCUCUGGACCGAAGGUUUCGCUGCAUCGGAUGCCUGGGUGGGAGCCCGACUCUUACGGGUACCAUGGUGAUGACGGGCAUAUCUUCAAUCACAAUCAGUCCGGUAGGGCAUACGGACCCAAAUUCGGCUCGCAAGAUACGAUAGGCUGCGGCAUCAUCUUCAAGACGAGGCAGAUUUUCUUUACGAAGAAUGGCUACCCUCUAGGCACGGCGUUCAAAGAUGUCAACACGGAGAAACGAUAUUAUCCGGUUAUCGGCGUGAAGAAGAAUGGGGAAACGCUCAAGGCCAAUUUCGGGCAGGAGCCGUUUGUUUUCGAUAUAGAUAAGAUGGUUCAGGACGAGAAGUUUGAGAUUCUAAACGAGAUCGAAAACAGGCCGGUAUCUGAUUCAACAGAUAACGAGUCGGAGAAGUUUGAUGAGGCUUCCUUUACAAAAGACCUCAUCAGUCAGUACCUGUCACACGAUGGUUACGUAGAGACAGCCCGCGCUUUUGCAGAGGAGGUAUAUGCAGAUACGAGAGCACCGGCGGGGACCGAGGAUGCCGAUACCUAUUCGCCUCCCGUGGACGAUUACCACGCGAUACGCAGGCAAGAAAUCCGCUCAGCAAUCCUCAGAGGCGAUAUAGAUCACGCCAUCAAGCACACAAACGCCUACUACCCCUCUGUCCUCCGCGACAACAAGGACGUCUAUUUCAAACUCCGAUGUCGCAAGUUCAUAGAACUGAUCCGGACAAGCACAAUUCUCGCCGCCAAGGGGCAAUAUGCGCAACAGAAACGCGCCACGAAUAAUCAUGAUGACUACGACUUUGAAAUGGAGUUGGAUGACUACCAGUCCAAUUCGAAUCCGCCGCACCAGCCUCCACACCACCAUCAUCACGGCUGGGACGACAUCGCCUCCGAAGUCGACGCGCUGGACCUCGAUCCCGAAGCCGCAGCAACGCGGUACCAGCAGGUGGAACACGAGAUCAUCGAGUAUGGAAAGGAGCUCGGCGAGGAGUUUGCCAACGAUCCGAGAAAGGAGGUCAAGAGGGCGCUGGAGGAUACGUUUGCGCUGGUGGCGUACGAGAAGCCGUGGGAGAGCGCGUUGGCGCCGCUGCUGGAGAAGAGGGGGAGGGCGCCCGUGGCGGAGGAGUUGAAUGGUGUGAUUUUGGUGUCGCUAGGCAAGUCACCAGCAGCGGGGAUCGAGCGCCUCGCGCAGCAGAGCGAGGCAUUGGUCGAUGUGUUGACCGAGGAUGGAGGGGCGGGCGCGUUUCUUCAUGUUCGACGGGAUUUCUUGCAGCCGUGAGUGGGAAUGGGAAUGGGCAAUGGAAAUGGUGGGAUUAGUGGAUUGGUGUUUCUGGUGCUUGGGGCUCGGUGCAUGGUUAUAGCACAUUUUUUGGCGGUUUAGCUGGUCGAGUUCAGUCUUAGUCUUUUUUUCUUUCUAUGCAUGAAUGGCGAUAUUGGUGGCCUUGGGCGAGGCCUCUUACCAUCAGUACAACGAAGACUGGCUUUGUAGGGUGGCGGUUCAGGUCAAUUUUGUGAUGUGAUGUAGUAGCUAAACUAGAUCAACAGGGAAACAAAGACUAAAUCGUUAUUUCUAGAUCGCUAAAUAACAGUGAGUGGUGGGGAGAAGUAGCGCUUCUUGGGAAGUUCGUUUUUCCUUUGGUUAUGGAAAAUCCCGUAGAACUGGGGCUCUGGGGCUGGUGCACUCUCAUUAAAUAUACCGA